AGCAAUUUUGGCCCAGCCCGCCAGCUCCGCUGACGCCCCGGCCGCCGCAUCGCCGGGCCCGCCGCCCCCUCCCCGCCGCCAUGCCCUCGGCUCGCCAGGCAGCGCUGUGCGCCGCCGCGGGCGCGGCCGCGGCCGCCGCGUGCUGGGCGCCCGCCGCCUUCGCGCUCCCCGGCGGCGCGGCCGUGCGCGCAGGAGCACCGUUCGCGAGCCGCGCCGGCGCCACUGCCGCCGAGGAGCCGGAGGCCUCGGGCUUUGGCGCUGCCGUCGCCGCCGCGUUCGUCGGCGCACACGCUGGGCUUGCGGCGGCCAUCUACGGCCGCACCGCCAGGAGGGCGGAGGGCAAGUACACGGAGUCCGCCGUCGACGCCAAGCUCUUCGAGCAGGUGUACCUGGACUAUACCACCGAGUACCUCAAGGGCCCCAUGUACGCCCACCGGGAGAAGGCGCAGGGCGCACGUCCAGACUACCCCGGCAACCCGCUCUACAAGAACGGCAAGAUGACGAGCAACGUCACCGGCAACCUGAAGACGUUCAGCUCCAACGAGCUCAUGUGAGGCGGUCAGAAAGGGCGUCGUAGUCGACCCAUCAGGGGCGAGGCACCUCGCGCGCGGCCGAGGGCGCCCGCGGAAGCCGGCGGAAGCCCAGCGAAAGCCGGCGGCAGCACAGACAGACCCCCGGCCCACUGGCACCCAUGGCUUCUGCACUCGGCCAUGUAUCUCCACCAGCGGCGCGACACUAAUCACGAGGUAGCGACCACCCAGAACAUUCUGAAGCCCUCGGCCCCGAGAGUGCGAGACUUCCGUCCUGCCGUUUCGGGGGGUCGUGCUUUGUGCCUCACGCCGGAUCGAGCCAGCAGGGCCGUAGGGCCAGGAACCUCGGGGCUCGAGUGCCGAGGGGGCGAAUGCAGACGAGGGUCAGCCAGAGCGCCAGAUCUCCCAGCCCGCCUGGCCUCGGUUUGCAUGGACCCACC